UGAAGAGGCAGCCAAACAGCCUAGCAUGUCGGACCUCGACAGCAAGUCGGAUGGCGUCGUCGGCGUCUACGCUGAGAAGAAGGAUGAGGCCGGCCGCGACUCCCCGGCCUCGGGCCAGCUGUUCCCGCCGCCCGAGUGGCUGGAACGCCUCAAGGCCGAGUACACGGGCCAGCACGACGGCGAGGCCCUCCCCGCCGGCUGCGACCCGGACCGCAUGGCGACCUCAGUCCUGACGCACCCGGCGCCCGAGGCCGUCCAGGUCCUCCGGGACCUCCUCGAGAGCCAGAAGGAGGACUUCACCAUCGACCAGAAGAUGAUGGCGCGCUGCCGCGAGCUCGUCCGGGGGAACGAGGCCUGCGGCAUGGAGCUCGGCGAGUGGUCGUACGAGGUGUCCAAGCGCGCCGGCCUCUACCACAACUGGUCCCCCUACGCCGAGGUCAGGGCCGUGACGCUGCCCUACGACGACCCUGAGGAGGCGUGCGAGAGCUUCAGGGCCUACGUGCUGGGGUACUUUUGGGUGUGCGUGUGCACGGCCAUCAAUACCUUCUUCGCUCCACGCCAGCCGGGCAUCUCGAUCCCGGGUUCUGUCGUCCAGUUGAUGCUUGUGCCUAUGGGGCGCGCAAUGGCCUAUAUACUGCCUGACUGGGGCUUCAAGUGGCGUGGCACACGCUAUACACUAAACCCUGGGCCGUGGACUUCCAAGGAGCAGCUCUUCGCUACUAUAAUUUUUAGCGGCGCCAGCACCAUCGGGAAUUUCACAGGCCUCCUUGUCCUUCGGCUUCCCAUUUUCUUCAACCAACGCUGGGCCGGGUUUGGCUUCAAUAUCCUUCUGGCACUCGCGAACCAGGUUUACGGCCUGGGCAUGGCUGGGAUUCUUCGUCGCCUCAGCGUGUACCCCAUUGAAGCCGUGUGGCCGGCGAACUUGCCGACCCUGGCCCUGAACCGCACCCUGAUAAACUACGACAACAAGCGGGAGAAGAUCAACGGCUGGACUAUGACGCGAUACAGACUCUUUAUAUGGUCAUCGGUCAUAUUCCUCAUCUACUACUGGAUCCCCAACCAGAUCUUCGUCGGCCUUCGGCUAUUCAACUGGAUGACGUGGAUAUCUCCAACCAACUUCAACCUCGCUACUGUCACGGGCUCGUACGGCGGCAUGGGCUUCAAUCCGUUUUCCACCUUCGACCCAAACGUAUCCGGGAACCUAGUAACCAGCGCCCCCUUUUUCGCCCAGCUUCAGCAGUACGUGAUGCGCGUUAUCGCCGGCAUUGUUAUUCUGAUCCUGUACUACACCAACGCCUUCUGGUCUGCAUUCAUGCCCAUCAACUCCAACGGCGCCUUUGACAACACGCAGCAGCAGUACAACAUCUCCAGAGUGCUUGGUAGCAACAACCAGGUCGAUCGCGCCAAGUAUCUGGAGUACGGCCCUCCGUACUACGCCAUCGCCAACCUGGUUGUGACGGGAGGGAACUUUAUCUACUACACAUUUUCCAUCGUCUACGUCUUCAUCAAGUUUUGGAAGCCCAUCAAGAAGGCGUUUGUCGGCAUCAUCGUUAACACCAUCAAGCGCCGGAGCAUCUACACGGGCUUCACCGACGGCCACACUCGCAUGAUGCACCGGUACAAGGAAGUGCCCGAGUGGUGGUACGGCAUAAUCUUCGCAUUCGGGUUCGCCGUGUCCAUAAUCAGCCUGACAGCGUUCCCGACGGGGACGCCGUGGUGGUCCAUCCUGGGCGUUACGGGAAUCGGCGCCGUGCUCACCAUCCCCUGGGUCGUCAUCGAGUCGAUCGCCAACACGGGCAUCCAGCUCAAUGUUAUCUGGCAGGUGCUGCCCGGCAUCUGGUUCCCGGGCCAGCCGCUCCCGCAGCUUAUUAUCUUGAUGCUCGGUGCCGCCUUCGAGUCGAUGGCCGGCAGCUUCUCCCAAGACCUCAAGUACGCCCACUACGCCAAGAUCCCGCCCCGCGCCGUCUUCCGCGGCCACGUGUCGUCCGUCGUCGUCAACUGCUUCAUCUACUGCGCCAUGAUCGAGUUGAUGGUGUUUUACUUUAACGAGGACGACACGCUUUGCAGCUGGUCCAACAAGAACGCGAUGGCAAGUUUGGCAGCCUUAUCCGUCAUCUUCUUCGGCGCCUUUGGCACCAACAACAUGUUCAAGCUGUACCCGGUGCUGCCCUGGUGCUUCCUCAUCGGCGCGGUCCUGGGCGCCGCCUGGAUGGCGGGCGAGAAGCUCCUCCCGCGGCUGCGGCCCCUCGCCGAGGCGCGCAUGUCGCCCGCGCGCUUCGCCGCAUUCGACCGCUGGGCCUGGCGGCCCACGGCGCGGACGCUCGAGUGCCUCAACCCGGCCAUCGCGCUCUCGGGCGCGCUCGCGUGGGCGGGCAACAAGAACCUGACGUACGCGACCCUGGGCAUCUACCUGGCCUGGUUCUUCCAGUACUACCUCAAGCGCCGCUACACGGCCUGGUGGGGCAAGUACGUCUACCUCGUCUUCGCGGGCCUGACGGUCGGCGUCGCCGUCUCCGGGCUUAUUGUCACUCUUGUCUUUUCCUUCGGCGCCGGCAAGGGCGUCGAAUGGUCCUGGUGGGGUAACGACGUGGCGCGCCAGGGCGUCGACUUUCAGCUGUACAACAACAAGGCAUCUAUGAUGCCCCUGCCCGAGAGUGGGUUCUUUGGGCUCGCACCGGACGAGUACCCGACGGCAUGGUAA